AUGGCAGGGGUUCUCCAAGUGGCUAUCCUUCUAGCGAUGAAGACAACGAUCGACGUUCAGUGGAGGGCAAUUCUCGGCCCGGCAACGGUGAAGGUCGUGGUGGGAGUUCGCCCAGAGGACACCCUCCAAGCGACGAAGAUGAACGCGGUGGUGCCUCUGUGGGAGGACUUUCUCCGCUCACCGACGGCGGUGGACACGACAGGGGUUCUCCAAGUGUCUAUCCUUCUAGUGAUGAAGACAACGAUCGACGUUCAGUGGAGGGCAAUUCUCGGCCCGGCAACGGUGAAGGUCGUGGUGGGAGUUCGCCCAGAGGACACCCUCCAAGCGACGAAGAUGAACGCGGUGGUGCCUCUGUGGGAGGACUUUCUCCGCUCGGUGACGGCGGUAGAUACGACAGGGGUUCUCCAAGUGUCUAUUCUUCUAGCGACGAAGACAACGAUCGACGUUCAGUGGAGGGCAAUUCUCCGCCCGGCAACGGCGAAGGUCGUGGCGGGAGUUCGCCCAGAGGACAUCCUCCAAGCGAGGACGAUGAACGCGGUGGUGCCUCUGCGGGAGGACUUUCUCCGCUCGGUGGGGGCGAAGAUCGACAUUCUCCGUGUGGGGAGAGCUGCGAUCGUGGUGGCGAUUCAGUGGAAGGACAUUCUCCAAAUGCCGACAGAGACCGACGAGGAAGAGGCCGAAAUCCUUGCAGCAGCGCUAUUUGCACCGAUGGCUGCUGAGCACAAGAGUUUUGUGUUUGCCAUGCCCCCAAUGAUGGUUUCCAAGAAGACGAAGCUGCCGGUUCCCCGUUUAAAGGAAGAAGUUGAAGCUCUUAGCGCAGAACUGAGUGCAAAGUACGCAAAGUUCCAGCCCAAGUUACGUUUUCGUGACGUGUAUGCGAGCUUGGACGCAUUCGAAGUCAAGAUGCGAGCAAACGUCCAAGAAGUCGAUCGUGUUGAAGAAACCAAGGAGAUGGACGACUCCUUUAUGGAUAAACGUCGCGCUGUGUGGCAACGUUUGAACUCCCUCCCGAAGGUGUAUGUGGCCGUCGACGAAAUCUGCGAGUUGCCCGCGGCGGAGAAGUACGUUGGACUGGACGGCCUUUAUUCCGUGCGUCCUGUUCGUGACGACGAAGUAAAGCACCACAUGCAAGAAAUGAAGACAAGCGGGUUUUUGGGUGUCAGCCAGGUGGUGUUGUGCACACCCGGACCGAACGGUUUCAA